GCUUAAUAAAUUAAUUAAUUGAUACGACUAAGUCAAAAAUAUUCACCACACUUAACUUAUAGUAAUAUAAUAACUUAACUGGCACAGCAAACCUUCCGCCACAUGCUCUGCCGGCAAACUAAUUACUCAUAACCGACCUCAGUAUUCCGUACGGCCUCCAACACGCGGCCAGUCCAAGGCGGCGAGGCGACCACCAUUUUCUUAACUCAUUUCACACAUCACUGUCUUCUGUCCUACUCGAUCCAAUCAUAAUCCUUCGCUUUUUCCUAAGAGCAGAUUCAGAGCUAAAUUGGAUUCAAUGUCCAAGCAGACCUACAGAGUGUGCUUCUGCUUCCGGCGGAGGUUCAAGAUGGCGGCGGCGGAGGCGCCGGAGGACAUAAAAGCCAUCUUCGACGAGUAUUCGGAGAAUGGGGUGAUGAGCGUUGAUCAGAUGCGGCGGUUUCUAGUGGAGGUGCAGAGGGAGGAGGGCACGACGCCGGAGGAUGCGCAGGCGGUGAUGGACAGUCUUCACGAGCUGAAGCAUCUCAAUAUAUUUCAUAAGCGAGGCCUCAAUCUCGAGGGAUUCUUCAAGUACUUGUUUGGGGAUGCCAAUCCACCUCUUCAUCCCAAACUCGGGGUUCACCAUGAUAUGAAUGCACCACUGUCACAUUACUUCAUAUACACCGGCCACAAUUCGUAUCUAACGGGCAAUCAACUAAGUAGUGAUUGCAGUGAUGUUCCAAUCAUAAAGGCACUUCGCAGUGGUGUGCGGGUUAUUGAAUUGGAUAUAUGGCCAAAUUCCACGAAAGACAAUAUUAACGUUCUGCAUGGAAGGACACUGACCACCCCUGUCGAACUCAUCAAAUGUUUGAGAUCUAUUAAGGAACAUGCGUUUGCUGCAUCCGAGUAUCCUGUUGUUAUAACACUUGAAGAUCAUCUUACUCCAGACCUUCAGGCAAAAACAGCCGAGAUGAUUACUCAAACAUUUGGAGACAUGCUCUUUUCCUCGGGCCCAGAAUGCCUGAGUGAGUUCCCCUCCCCAGAAUCUCUGAAGAGAAGGGUUAUAAUAUCAACCAAGCCACCUAAAAAGUACUUACAGGCCAAAGAUGUUAAAAUACAAGAGAACGGCUCAAAGAAGGGCAAGGAUCAUGCUAAGGAAGAGCAUUGGGGGAGUGAAAUAAAAAGUUUCAAGCCCGAAGUUGAGGAAGACAAGGAUGAUGAUUUAGAUGGGGAGGGUGAUGGAGAAGAUGAAGAAGAAGAGGAUCCUAAGUCAUUGCAAAAUGUGGCACCAGAAUAUAGACGUCUGAUUGCUAUUCAUGCUGGAAAAGGGAAAGGAGGAAUGAAGGACUGGCUGAGGGUGGAUCCUGAUAAAGUGAGACGCCUUAGCUUAAGCGAGCAAGAGCUGGAGAAGGCCAUUAUAACUUAUUCCAAAGAUAUUGUCAGGUUUACUCAGAGGAACUUGCUGAGAGUGUACCCAAAAGGUACACGUUUUGACUCGUCCAACUACAAUCCCCUGAUUGGAUGGAUGCAUGGUGCUCAAAUGGUUGCAUUCAAUAUGCAAGGUUAUGGAAGAUCACUUUGGUUGAUGCAAGGCAUGUUUAAGGCCAAUGGUGGCUGUGGAUACAUAAAAAAACCAACCCUUUUGUUAAAGGAUGGUGGCGAAAUCUUUGACCCUAAGGUUACAUUACCCGUCAAAACUACUUUGAAGGUGACUGUAUAUAUGGGUGAAGGAUGGUAUUAUGAUUUUAAGCAUACACACUUCGAUGCUUAUUCUCCUCCGGAUUUCUAUGCUAGGGUGGGAAUUGCGGGGGUCCCAGCAGAUGUAGUUAUGAAGAAAACAAAAGCCCUUGAGGACAACUGGAUACCCACAUGGGACGAAGUUUUCGAGUUCCCAUUGACAGUUCCCGAGCUUGCCCUACUCAGGAUCGAAGUCCACGAGCAUGACUUGUCCGAGAAAGAUGACUUUGCAGGACAAACGUGUCUUCCGGUGUCCGAGCUGAGAAAGGGUAUUCGCGCAGUCCCACUUCAUUCUUACAAGGGGGAGAGGUACAACUCUGUUAAGCUGCUCAUGAGGUUUGAGUUUAUUUGAUCUGUAUGCAUGCAGUCUUUUUAUAUCUGAAGCUGUGUAUUUUUAUGUUGCUCUGUCGUUUGAGUCUAAAACUAGACAGACGCCAUUAAUUUAUAGAGUAUGCGGCAGUAAUGGUGUUUGCGAGAAUGUGAGUUGAGGUUUUCAAGUUUUAAACAGCAGUUUGUGUGUAUUCUGUUGUAUGAGUGUUAUUGUUUGAAUGUUUAAUAAUGUCUUCACGAUUAAUGUAAUAUGGCUGCAAAAGUUUCAUCCUGUGUUAUGUUUAUGAACAUAAAAUUACAUCCUGUGUUAUCUUUAGGAACAACUGGUCG